UCGUUUGUCAGUUUUACAAAUACACUAUCUAUGGACUGUGAUGUGAAUGUGUUUUUGUUGUACACAACCUGUGUUUUUAAAUACCGUCUACAUAAACUUUCCAAUGUCAUUAGGUUGAAACUCGCGGUGUAAGCUUUACUUAUUGUGUUUGUGUUAGACUUUAAAUAACUUUCGAUAUGCCUGUGACUUUGGUAGACAGGUUGCCCUUGCCAAAUCUCAAGGUUUACACAGCGGGCAGUGUGUUGCUACUUUCGGUUGCAGUGUAUUACGCUGUAAGUGUAACAAACGAUCCGAACUGGCGUACCAAUACGACGGCGCAGCCACUGGAUGGCGCGGCGGAGGGACCCACGGUCGAGACUGCCCUGCCCCCACCGCCGCUGCGGGCGCCGCUACACCUCGCCAACGACACCAGGAAUGUGACCGAACAGAUGGUUGAAGUAAUGUCUUUUAUGAUGCAGGAGCCACUUUGUAUGUGGACGCUGGUGAACGCGGCGUACUGCGCGCUGGGCGUGGCGGGUUGUGCGCUGCGCCGGCUUGUUUUCGGCCGGCUGCGCGUCGCGGAGGCGCAGCGUGUCAAGGACAAAUUCUGGAACUACGUUUUCUACAAGUUCAUCUUCGUGUUUGGGGUGGUGAACGUGCAGUACAUGGACGAGGUGCUGCUCUGGUGCUCCUGGUUCACGCUACUCGGUUGCCUGCACUUGCUCGCUCAGCUCUGCAAGGACCGUUUCGAAUAUCUGUCGUCGUCACCGCAGCCGGCGCGGUGGGCGCACGCGCGACUGCUGGCGCUGCUGGCGGCUGUGCUGUGUGCCGCGGGCGCGCUGCUGGUGGCGGCCGCGCGCUGGGGCCUGCCCGCCGGGCGGGACACGUUCGCGUUUAUGGCCGCCGAGUGCGUGCUGGUGAGCGUGGCGGCGCUGCACGUGGUGGCGCGCUUCGUGCUGCGCGCGCGCGACGCCGACGCCGCCGGCCCCGCCGCAUACUAUACGCAUCUCGUAUUCGACUCGGUGUCGCUGGUGACGGAGCUGGCGCACGUGGCGCACAUGGUGGUGCACAGCAACGCGCUGGUGUCGAUGGCCUCGCUGGUGCUGCUGAUGCAGCUGCGGCACCUGCUGCACGCGCUGCUGGCUCGCCUGCGCCGGCAUCGCCUCUACACCGCGCUCGCGCACCACAUGAGCCGCAACUACCCGAUGGCGAGCCGCGAGGAGGUGGAGGAGAACGAGGACAACUGCGCCAUCUGCUGGGAGCCCAUGAAGGAGGCGCGCAAGCUGCCCUGUUCUCAUCUCUUCCAUAACUCGUGCCUGUGCCGCUGGGUGCAGCAGGACGCGUCGUGCCCGACAUGCCGUCGCGCGCUGUCGGCGGCCGCGGAGGCGACGCGCGCCUCGCCGCCGCCGCCGCCGCCGCCGCUGCCGCCGCUCGCCCCGCUGGGCGCGCCGCUCGCCGCGGACGGCAACAGAGCGAACCACUUGUUCCACUUUGACGGAUCGCGCUACGUGUCUUGGUUGCCGAGCUUCUCGGUGGAGGUGCGGCGAGUGCGCGCCGACACGCCGCCGGACCCGCCCGCAGCCUCACAGCUCGAGGCCAUGGCCCGCCAGGUGCAGCAGGUGUUCCCGCAGUUCUCGCUGGGCGCGCUGAGCGAGGACUUGGCGCAAACGCGCUCGCCAGACCGCACCAUAGACAACAUCCUGGCCGGCCGCCUCCUGCCCCGUCUGCCGCAGGAGUCGUCGGCGACGGUGUCCACACCGGAGCCCCCCGCGCCCGACUCCGCCCCCGACCCCGCCGACCACGCCCCCGGUUCCGCCCCCGACUCCGUCGAUCGCUUCGAAGGCCACGACCGAGUGUAAGAUGCCUCUUAUAUAAAUUUCCCACGUAGAGUGAUUGUCGUCACGGCCGAUGUGAUGUGAUCUCUUGAGAUAGACGUUGGUCAAUUUGAAGCAAAAUAUGAUGCGAGGUCGUGCGCAGGCGCGAGAGGUGCGCUCCGCCCCCGCCCC